AUGAGCAGUUCCGAGUCCUCCUUUGCGCCCGACGAUAAUUCCGACUCCGAAUCCGCUUUCAGUAUCGAUGAGCAGCCAAAUCAAGUGCACACUCGUCGCUCUGUAUCACGAGUGGGAACUGUGAAUACACCCUCACACGACGAAUUCGAUAGGAAGACCCAGAUAUCGCCAUAUAAUAAUUUGGAGCCAGACCAAAGCAAUGGACCACAGUCUGUUAGUCGCGAGAAUGAAUUUGGACCCUUCGAUGAACAUGUUCAGAACCUCUCGCCCACGACACUGGACGCAUAUUCCUCGCUUCUCACAGAGAUCGAAAACGAUAUCAACUUCUCUGCAACCAGGGAAGACGAGGAAUUGCACAAUGUUCAUCAGAACGGUGCGGUGAUCUGGACCGCUACAGAGAAGGAAGUUCUGUAUAAUGUUCUCGAUCGAAAAGGCAAAAAUGGCAUCAAAGAGAUUGCAGCGGCGAUCGGCACAAAGUCCGAACUUGAGGUGCUGGACCACUUGCGACUUCUUCAUCAAGGGCUGCAGGGCCAGCACCGUCUCGGGCGACACGUCAAAACAAUUGUCCUAGGAGAUGUCCCAGCUGCAGCCGAAAUCAGUGAAGACUGUUGCGCUCAACUAGACGAGUACGCUCAUGGUCUUAGAUCCAAGGAAGAGCUUGCUGCUGCAAUUGCCGGUCGUACGCGUUUUGGCGAGAAUUGGAAUGUCGACAGCGACCGCGCUGAACAGCUGCUGGCAGCUGAUGAGAAUGUCGCCCUUCGUGGUGAGAUACAAUUACCAGCCAACCUACUGAACCUCCCGACAUGGACCAAACUUCAGCAGCGAUUUUUCAUGAAUUUCGGGGGUUGCAAAGAGGAUGACAACUGGGUGAAUCUUGUGACUUCAAAGAGAGAAUCACCAUCGCUCAGUGGAGAGGCACUUAUGGACCUGUAUGCUUUGACUGUUAGUGUAACACGUCGAUUAGUGCAGUCGGUCGAAUUCAUCGCCAUGAGCCGCAUUCGCAGUCAGAGUCUUCAUGGUCGCGAACGAGCCAAUGCUGUGCGUCGCAAGGAUGUCAAGGCUGCCAUGGAUAUUCUGAACAUGCGUCCGAGACCACAUAAUUUUCUUCUCGACGUUGCCCGCAAAAACGAGCUUGUCAUCGAGGACAGACGCAAGAUCAAGGGCUGGAAGACUCGCAAGCUAGGCUACAAUGAGGCUGAGGACUUCCUUAACGGCGAGACUGAUCAUUCUCGAGUUUUAACUGGGCCUUUGGCUACAAAUGCUGCAGACGAAAGUGAAGACGGCAGCGAAAGCGAUAGCAUCGACAACGACAAUUCCGCUGGAGAAAGCCAUGUUCAACAUGCAGCAAGCGGCGCCCAAGAGGUGGCUGACCACUUGUCUUCUGCAUCAUCGUCAUCAUUCGACCAUUCUUCUCCAUCAUCAGACGACGAGACAGAGUUCCUGGAUCUGGAAGAGGAGCAUGCUGACACUCUUGACCGCGAACACAGCCGCAUAAUGGAGCUCCAUCUAUGGCACAUGCUCGACAAGCCUCCUCCGCCAAAACUGGAAAUCCCCAUCAGAACCGAGGAAGACGACAAAGAUGGGUCUCGUAAGCCUCCAGCAGAGCGCAAAGCGCCCCAAGAACUAGUCGAGUGGCGUGAUCGCGUUCUCUACCGCAGCGAGUGGGAAGAGUAUGGUUACGAGGUCGGUGACGUUGAAGAGGCUUUGGUUGAGAAUCGGCGGAAGAAACGCCGCGUCGGGGAAUACUUGUCUGCCUCAGUGGUCAAUAGUGAAGACGAUGGAGAUGGGGAGGAAGCUGAGAUUCCGCAGCCGCAACUUGGAGCGGAAGAGCAUACGCGUGUCGAGCCCCCAAAAUAUGGGUCAGCCGGUUGGGAAGCUUUCCUGCAAUCAUUCUUGACGUCGGGUGCAGCUCCACCUACAGUGAAUUGA